AUGAUGAUGAAGCACAAAGCCAACAUGGCAAUGGUGUUAGUACAGAUUUUUUACGCAGGAAUGCCACUACUCUCAAAAGUGGCCAUCUCUCAAGGAACCAACCCUUUUGUAUUCGUUUUCUACCGACAAGCCUUCGCUGUUUUUGCCUUGUCCCCUUUCGCAUUCUUCCUUGAAAGCUCCAAGUCCUCGCCGUUAUCCAUCGUCUUGCUGCUCAAAAUAUUCAUGAUCUCCUUAUGCGGACUCACGCUAAGUCUCAACCUCUACUACGUGGCCAUCGAAAACACCACGGCUACCUUCGCAGCAGCCACCACCAACGCCAUCCCCUCUAUCACGUUUGUCCUGGCUCUCAUUUUUAGACUAGAGACGGUGACACUGAAGAAGUCACACGGAGUGGCCAAAGUAAUUGGUUCGAUGGUUGGAAUGUUGGGAGCAAUAGUGUUCGCUUUUGUGAAAGGGCCAAGUUUGGUCAACCAUUAUAACAGCAAGACCAUACCAAACAAAGCCGUUCCAUCAACCAAAGAUUCUGUAAAAGGUUCCAUCACUAUGCUCGCUGCCAAUACCUGCUGGUGUUUGUGGAUUAUAAUGCAGAGCAAGGUGAUGAAGGAAUACCCAGCAAAGCUGCGAUUGGUAACACUUCAAUGCGUGUUCAGUUGCAUACAAACUGGAGUUUGGGCAGUCAUAGUGGACAGAAGUCCAUCAGUUUGGAAGAUCGAAUUUGGCUUACCUCUUCUUUCAAUGGCUUAUUGUGGAAUUAUCGUGACUGGGUUCACAUAUUGGUUACAAGUAUGGGCGAUAGAGAAGAAAGGACCAGUAUUCACUGCACUCUACACUCCUUUAGCUCUCAUCAUUACUUGCAUCGUCUCAUCUUUCCUUUUUAAAGAAACACUUUACCUUGGAAGUGUGGGUGGGGCAUUGUUGUUGGUGUGUGGACUAUACCUUGGCCUGUGGGGUAAAACUAAAGAAGAGGAAAUGCAAAAAAUAUGUGAAAAGCAAAGCCAACAAGAGAUUAAAGACGUGAACAUCGUCUAG